AUUACUGGUGUUGAUUGAUCAUGGCGACAAAGUUUCUGUCAUUUGCCUGUUUAAGGAGCAGCGAGGGUGGCGACUAUGGUGAUCUUACGCCCAGGCCGCGUUACCCGUCCAUGCCGAAGUAUCCCAAGGGAGUUUCUUCCGACGAGGAGAAGAACAACGAGAGAUCGGAGGCUAAGGCUGUGUUUUCAGUCGUCGGGAUGAGUUGCUCGGCCUGCGCCGGAUCUGUUGAGAAAGCCGUCAAGCGACUCCCAGGGAUCAGGGAAGCGAUUGUGGACGUUCUUAAUAACAGAACUCAGGUCAUGUUUUAUCCUAGCUUCGUAAACGCGGAUACAAUCCGUGAGACAAUCGAGGAUGUUGGAUUCGAAGCAACAUUGAUAGUAGAUGAGAAGACCGAUAAUUCAAUUGAAGCAUGCCGGAUACGCAUCAAGGGAAUGACAUGCACCUCAUGUGCUUCAACUAUAGAGUCUGGUCUGCAGGCUAUACCCGGUGUCCAAAAAGCUCAGGUUGCACUAGCAACUGAAGAAGCAGCUGUUCUUUACGAUAAAAAAACCAUUAACUAUGAUCAUCUAUUAAGAGCCAUAAAUGAAAUGGGGUUCGAACCAAUACUGAUUAGUGUUGGGGAAGAUCAGAACAAAAUACAGCUAAAACUUGAAGGAGAGCGCGAUGAUGAAUCAAUGAAAAUGAUUGAAAGCUCUCUUCAAGCACUUCCAGGGGUUCUAGAUGUGAAGAUUGAUCCUGAGCUUAUGAAGAUUUCCCUUUCUUAUAAAUCUGAUUUAACCGGGCCAAGAAACUUAAUCCAUGUUAUCGAAUCAACCGGGCAUUUCAAGGCAAUGAUAUUUCAGGAAGGGGGGAAACUCCAUUCAUAUAAAGAGAUGGAGAUUAAACAAUAUUAUAGAUCUUUCCAAUGGAGCUUGGUGUUUACUAUCCCGGUUUUUCUAACCUCUAUGGUCUUUAUGUACAUCCCUGGUCUAAAAAGUGGUUUAGAUGCUAAAGUUGUGAACAUGUUUACUAUUGGGCAACUCUUGAGAUGGGUGCUAUCCACCCCGGUUCAGUUCAUUAUUGGGCGACGUUUCUAUACUGGUUCUUACAAAGCCAUACGCAAUGGUUCUCCCAAUAUGGAUGUUUUGAUUGCACUUGGGACAAAUGCAGCCUACUUCUAUUCAGUUUAUUCAGUCAUGAGAGCAGCAACUACUUCUAAUACAGAUUUCCACGCCACAGAUUUCUUCGAGACAAGCGCGAUGUUAAUCUCCUUUAUCUUACUUGGGAAAUAUUUGGAGGUCUUGGCAAAAGGCAAAACUUCUGAUGCUAUAGCUAAGCUUAUGAACUUGGCUCCUGAAACAGCUAUCCUCCUGACCUUUGACAAUGAUGGAAAUUUGAUUGGAGAAGAAGAAAUUGACAGUAGGCUUAUACAAAAAGAUGAUGUGAUUAAGGUUGUUCCCGGGGCAAAAGUGGCUUCUGAUGGUAUUGUAGUAUGGGGUCAAAGUCAUGUGAAUGAGAGCAUGAUAACAGGUGAAGCUCGGCCAGUGGGGAAACGGAAGGGAGAUGUGGUGAUAGGAGGUACAUUGAAUGAACACGGAGUCUUGCAUGUGAAGGCAACUAGGGUCGGGUCGGAGAGUGCUCUCUCGCAGAUUGUGAAACUUGUGGAAUCGGCUCAGAUGGCAAAAGCUCCCGUCCAGAAAUUGGCUGAUAGGAUUUCCAAAUUCUUUGUGCCUUUGGUUAUAAUACUUUCGUUCUCGACAUGGCUUGCAUGGUUUUUAGCAGGGAAAUAUGGUGGUUACCCAAAAUCAUGGAUACCUCAGUCAAUGGAUAGCUUUCAGUUGGCACUUCAGUUUGGAAUCUCUGUUAUGGUCAUUGCCUGUCCUUGUGCACUUGGCCUUGCAACUCCCACAGCUGUCAUGGUUGGUACAGGCGUUGGUGCUUCUCAAGGUGUCUUAAUCAAAGGAGGGCAGGCUUUAGAAAGAACCCAUAAGGUCAAUUGCAUUGUUUUUGAUAAGACAGGAACUCUCACGGCUGGCAAACCGGUGGUGGUCAAUACAAGGCUUUUCAAGAACAUGGUUACCAGAGAAUUUUAUUCACUCGUAGCUGCAGUUGAGAUGAAUAGCGAACAUCCCUUAGCCAAGGCUAUUGUGGAGUAUGCAAAGAAGUUCAAAGAAGAUGAAGAGAAUCCUAUCUGGCCUGAAGCAGGAAACUUUGAAUCUAUAACAGGACACGGAGUAAAAGCGGUUGUUCAGAGGAGACAGGUAAUAGUAGGAAACAAGAAUUUGAUGUCGGUCAACAAGAUCACGGUUCCAGUUGAUGCGGAAGAGGCAAUGAGAGAGGCGGAAGGGUUAGCUCAAACUGGUAUACUAGUAGCCAUAAAUGGAGAAGUAGCUGGAGUGAUUGCCAUCUCUGAUCUGCUGAAGCCUGGAGCUCGUGAGGUCAUUUCUAUUCUCAAGUCUAUGAAAGUCAAGAGCAUAAUGGUUACUGGAGAUAACUGGGGAACUGCCAAUUCUAUAGCCAGAGAAGUCGGAAUAGAUUCUGUGUUUGCAGAAGCCAAACCAGAGGACAAAGCUGAGAUAGUGAAGGAAUUACAGGCUUCAGGGCACAUAGUGGCAAUGGUGGGAGAUGGAAUCAACGACUCUCCAGCCCUGGUAGCAGCGGAUGUUGGCCUGGCAAUUGGAGCUGGAACGGACAUAGCCAUCGAGGCAGCAGACAUUGUUCUGAUGAAAAGCAACAUAGAAGAUGUUAUAACUGCCAUUGACCUUUCAAGGAAGACAUUCUCUCGGAUCCGCCUGAACUACAUCUGGGCUUUGGGCUACAAUGUUAUGGGCAUCCCAAUUGCAGCCGGAGUUCUUUUCCCAUUCACUAGAUUCCGGCUGCCUCCAUGGAUAGCUGGAGCGGCAAUGGCAGCUUCUUCUGUAAGCGUGGUUUGUUGCUCACUGUUGUUGAAGUACUACAGGCGCCCUAGAAAGCUCGACAGUCUCGAUAUUGGGGAAAUACAAGUCCAGUGAAUUUGAAAACAUUGUAUGUUUGUGUGUGUAAUAUAAUUAGUGAUUGUGAAAAAUACAAGUGUUUAGACUUUAUA